ACCACCGAGAACUACACCGCUGUCCGCUGCGGCAUGAACGUAUCCAAGGCCAUCAAGAACGGCUCCAUCGACGCCGGCAUUGGUCUGGAGAACGUCCAGAUGGUCGAGCUCGAGGAGUGGCUUGCCGAGCAGGGCCGCCCCAAGACGGAUGUGCAGAUGCUGCGCAUCGACAAGCUUGCCGAGCUUGGCUGCUGCUGCUUCUGCUCCAUUCUCUACAUUGGCAACGAGUCCUUCAUCCAGGCUAACCCUGACAAGGUCCGCGCCUUUAUGCGCGCCGUCAAGAAGGCCACCGACUACGUCCUUGCGUCUCCAGAUGCUGCCUGGGCCGAGUACGUCGACUUCAAGCCCGUGCUCAACACCCAGCUGGACCGCAAGAUCUUUGAGCGCAGCUUUGCCUACUUCUCGCGCGACUUGAAGAACGUCUCGCGUGACUGGAGCAAGGUCACCAAGUACGGCCAGCGCCUUGGUGUCUUGGGUGCCGAUUUCACUCCCAACUACACCAACGAGUUCCUCGAGUGGGCUCUUGACGAGGAGUCCAAGGACCCCCUCGGCGACCAGAAGCGCAUGGCUGAGCUGCAGCAGGACAUUGCUUGCAACGGAGGCUUCAAGCGUCUCGGAGCUACUCCUGUCGCUGCUUAAAGUUGGAUAUGUGUUUUGAAUUAGCUAGUCAGGGCCUAUGCAUGUGUAUGCCGCUGUAAAUGCGUUUCCUGUGUAGAGGUCCCUUGAUUGAUGAAUGAAACUACUAUACAACUUAUACAUGUACUAAACGAUAACGUGCUAGAUGCUAAUACCAGUGUGUAAACUACGGAAAUAAACGACGGAAGGUUUGUAAUCGAUCCUUCGAGUCACUGCCGGUGGCGAAAUGCGGAACACGGUGCCGUGGUACUAUUGUUCGGUCUGUAUUGUAUUACGCCGUAGUUGGAGGUCCUUUUGCUAGUUAGCGGUCCUUUUGCGGAAUACGAC